AUGCGUUUCACUGUGUCACAAGCUUUUCUCGUGAGCCUAUUGGCCUCCAGUCAAUUUGUUCUGGGUUUCCAAUCGGACGUUGAGGCUCGCGAAGUAGACAAGAAACAUGUGGGCUCUCCGUCUACUUUCGCCAGUCGAUGGGUCCAACUUUCUGCGCCAGUCGAGGCUCGUCAUCAUACCGAAUCUCAAAUUGCCGCCAAGGAGGCUGCGGCUAAGAAGAAGGGAAAGAAGCCCAAGCGAGAAGCUUCACCUCAGGAGGCGGAUGAAUUCGGUCCCUGGGAUAGCACUGAAGACGAGUUCGGUUCGUGGGUUGACAAGAGGGACCCCCAUCACACCGAAGCGCAGAUUGCCGCCAAAGAGGCUGCGGCCAAGAAGAAGGGAAAGAAGCCCAAGCGAGAAGCUUCGCCUGAGGCUGCGGAUGAGGACGAUUCUGAGGUAGAAAAGAGGGAGGCUCACCAUACUGAAGCUCAAAUUGCUGCCAAGAAGGCCGCUGCAGGCAAGAAGAACGGGAAAAAGCCUAAGCGAGAAGCUUCACCUCAAGAACCGGAUGAGUUUGGCCCCUGGGACAGUACCGAGGACGAAUUCGGUUCUUGGGUUGACAAGAGAGACCCCCAUCACACCGAAGCUCAAAUUGCCGCCAAGAAGGCCGCCGCUGCUAAGAAAAAUGGAAAAAACCCUAAACGAGAGGCUUCACCUGAGGAGACUGAGGAGGAAUCCGAGAUAGAAAAGCGAGAGGCUCACCAUACCGAAGCUCAAAUUGCUGCCAAGAAGGCCGCUGCAGGCAAGAAGAAUGGAAAGAAGCCCAGGCGUGAAGCUUCCCCUCAAGAGGCGGAUGAAUUCGGUCCUUGGGAUAGCACUGAAGAUGAGUUCGGCUCCUGGGUGGAUAAGCGAGAGGCUCACCACACAGAAGCUCAAAUUGCUGCGAAGAAGGCUGCCGCAAAGAAGAAGGGAACAAACGCUUAA